CGAUCUCCCCCUGUCUGCUUCAUCCGCGCAUCGCCCACAAAAUUGUCCUUUGAAGAUCGCCGCAUUGUUUAUUCAGCUUAAUCCGGCUCAGUUUCCUUCCGCACAGUCGCCGUUUCAGGCUGAGAGAAGCUUGCAAACGUCCUGUAAAGAAGAAGCCGAGCGAGUUGGUGAGUGAAGAGGAAACAUGGCCGGGGCGAUCCUCGAGAACUUGAGUGGACGCAAGCUUCUCGUGCUUGUGUCCAUCCUGAUCAUUUCCCAGAUAAUCUGCUUCCUCAUCGGCGGACUCAUCGCGCCCAACCCGUCCAGCGCGGACAUUGCUCUCGCAUCGAAAUGCUUCGACGCCGGCAAUUACACGGACAAGUGGUUCUACCCCCGAGGCCAGGGAAAGUGUCACCUUUUGACUCAGGACGACAUGAAACAGACCCACCUGGCAAACCAGAUCGUCUUUGCCUUUCAAUUGCCUCUGCCAAGGGAUAAUUUAAUUCUGGACUAUUCAAGGUGGCAACAGAAUUUGAUCGGGGUGCUCCAGUUUGAUAUUGAGUACCACAAGGAAUCGGAAAUGGCUGAGAAAACCACUGUCACCAUUGAUGCAAAACUCGCUUACCGUGACAAGGGUGACAAAGACACUGACUGGAAAUACUACGCCUCAUCCAGGGAGCAAAGAACGCUGGAGUGCACAAUUAAAGAAAAAAAAGAAGGCUAUUAUUACAGCUGCUCGAUUGUGCCCAUUUUCGAGCUGGGCUCUUUGCACCACGAUUACUACCUCUUGGAUCUGAGGCUGCCUGUCGACGACAACACAAACAUGAACAGUGGCUUGGGACAGAUCGUUGACAUUUGGCUUGUGGCCAUCAAUCAAAAUGGUGGAUUCACUAAAGUCUGGUUGUCCCUGAAGACGAUUUUCUUCCCCGUCAUCGUCGGCAUCAUGGUUUGGUUUUGGAACAGGGUGCACCAGCUGAACCGCCCUCCGGCUCUUCUGGAGCAAAUGCUCCUUUUCCUCGGCUGCUCUCUGACUGUCUUAAAUUUGCCCUUGGAGUACCUCACGCUGGCCUUUGACAUGCCCUACAUGUCCUUGAUUGGUGACAUCAGACAGGGCGUUUUCUACGCUUCUCUGCUGUCCUUCUGGCUUGUCUUUGCCGGCGAACAUUUGAUGGAAAAUGAAGACCACAACACUCUGAGGGCGUACUGGAAGCACCUCAGUGCCGUCGUCAUCGGCUGCAUUUCCCUCUUCGUCUUUGACGUCUGCGAACGCGGAGUCCAACUGAGCAACCCUUUUUACUCCAUCUGGGUCACCAGUGUGGGAACCAACUUGGCUUUGACUUUCAUCAUCAUGGCUGGAAUCUCUGCCGGAAUCUACUUCCUCUUUCUCUCGUACAUGAUCUGGAAGGUGUUCAACAACAUCAGCACCAAGAGGGCCAGUUUGCCGAGCAUGUCCGGAGCCAGACGUCUCCACUACGAAGGAGUCAUUUAUCGAUUCAAAUUCCUCAUGCUGGCCACUCUGCUCUGCGCUGCCAUGACCGUCGUUGGAUUCAUUCUUGGACAGGUUUCCGAGGGCCGUUGGAAGUGGGACGAGGACAUUGAGCUCGAGUACACCUCGGCCUUCUUCUCAGGCGUCUACGGAAUGUGGAACAUUUACAUUUUUGCCCUGAUCGUCCUCUACUCACCUUCGCACAAGCAGUGGCCCCAAGACGGUAUGGAGCAACAUAUUUCAACCUUGAACCAACAAAGCAUGAACGAGGAAAUCGAGUUCAGCCGUCUGCCCACCGAGCCAUCCGAAAUCUCGUCCUUGACCUCGUUUGCCAGGAAGACAGCCAUGGACUAAAUUCCCAAAUAUUCGUCACAUAUUUGCAAAAUUUCGAGAGCUUCCAUAUUGGCAUUUAUACGAUUCAAAAUUUUUUUUGAGUGAGAUUUUCCAUCGUGGUAGUUUGAACCGCAGCUAUUUAUAAUUACUUACUGUCGACCAUGUGUGUGGAUUUCGAUGUGAUUUAAAGUUAGCAUUACCCGCUCUGAACGGAUUUAAUGAAUUUUCUCAUAGCACAGUAUUAUUACAAUUAUUAUUUUUACCAAUCUGUAAGUAAUUUCCGAGAGUGCUGUUUCGGAUCUGCCAUAUCACAGUUUCUAUUAGUUUUAAUUCUAACCACAAUGAAUAUUAUCAUCUUAAUUUAUUUAUUUCUCUAGAAAUGCAUUUAUUUUUAUCGAAAUACUUAAUUAUUUUUAAAAACUUUUGAGAUGUAGUUAUUUUUUUUGACUCUCAGCAGAUUAAAUUAUUAUUUUACACUAAGAUAGAAAUAAGAUAUCACAAAUCUGCCAAAAUAGCAAAUAAUAAUCACGAUUUUUGGUAUUUAAUCUGAAUGUUGUAAUUAGAACACUUGAACGAUCUAAUAAAUGUGUACUCAGAAAUUUUCAAAAUAA